GUCGGGAGCGCUCUAGAGCAGUGUGCACGCGAGGCGCGUUCCAGUCUGACAGCACCGCGUUCCUUUCAGAAUGAAGUCUUGCGUUGUGCUCGCGUUCCUCCUGUUCUCUCUCAUCUGUCUGAUGUACCAGGCGUCGGACGCGUGUUCAUGCGCGAUGUCUCAUCCACAGGACGCGUACUGUCACUCCGACAUCGUGAUCAGAGCUAAAAUAGUGGGGAAGAAGCUGCUGGACGACGGUCCGUUUGGCACCCUGCGCUACACCGUCAAACAGAUGAAGAUGUACAAGGGCUUCGAGAAGAUCCAGCACGUGCAGUACGUCUACACACACAACUUCGAGAGCAUGUGCGGAGUCAAGUUCGACAUCAACAAAUACCAGUAUCUGAUCACAGGCCGUGUUCACGACGGGAAGCUGUACACGGGUCUGUGUAACUUCAACGAGCGAUGGGAGCGUCUGUCUCUGGCGCAGAAGAAGGGCAUGAACCAUCGCUAUCAGCUGGGCUGCGACUGCAGGAUCAAGCCGUGCUACUACCUGCCCUGCUUCGUCACGUCCAAGAACGAGUGCCUGUGGACAGACAUGCUGUCUCCACACUUCAGCUACCCGGGCCAUCAGUGGCGCCACUACGCCUGCAUCCAGCAGAAGGAGGGCUACUGCAGCUGGUACCGAGGCACGAACACCCGCGACAAGCUCACCAUCAACACCACCGACCCCUGAAGCGCAUCAGAACCGCCGGAACAUCAGCCCCGUCGAGUCACACGGAGCCGCCCGCAUUAACCUGAUUAAACACGAUCGCAAUAAAACCCUGCUCUUUUAUAGUGAUGUGCUGCUUUUUAAACAUGAUUUCAUUGAUACGGAAGCCUGCUGUUGUUUAUGUGCGUGUGGCAGAUUUAUACGGUUCAGUAUCUAUUUAUGAGUCGAGAAAUGCAGAGAAAUGAUUCCCUCCUUCUUGCUGUUUAUGAUAUAAGCUAUUGGAGUUGUGAUUAGUAUUUUUGUAUUACGUUAAAGCAGAGAUUAUAAACGGUAGACCGAUCACAUCCUUUCUGCAUCUAGGCUGAAGACGGCGUGCGUCUAAAAUGCAUUUUCUGAUGAUGUUUGACAGAUAUGAAGCAGACGUGACAAGCGUGUAAUCUUUUGAUUUCUGCUCCAUUCCUGCGUCGCUGCUGCUUUAGAGUCUCAGCCGCCGGCGCGUGUUUGUAGAUCAUGUAAAUAUUCUGUCUGUAACACAAACAUCCUGCUCGGAUCAGACCCGUCUGACUCUCACUGAACGCUCGGGUGUGGUGUGUGUGGUGUUGUGAGUGUGUGUGUGGUGUGA